AUGGCUCCCUCAGCCAAACAUUUCCCCUUCCUCCUCUUCUUUGCGCUCUUGUCCUCCUCUCUCCAUUCCCAUGCCAGAGAGAGCUACUAUUUCUUUAACAAAGCCACCGCCACCCCCACCAACAAUAAUGCAAAAGAAACAAUAGUAGAAGAAGCCAUGCCCAACAAAAGCAAUGUUCGAGAGCAAGACCCAAAUUUCAUCCCAGAUACCCAAAGCGGCUAUGGCCUGUAUGGCCAGAAUUCCGGCGGCCGCCACGCCGCCGCCACCAACCAGCCAUCCGAAAUCGAAUCCUUUGAGCCCUACACCACCACCGCAAGCAACAACAACAACGACAACAAUUACUACAAGAAUGAAGGCGAAGCGUAUGUGAGUGACCCCCAAGGGAUGGUGAGUGACACAAGAUUCAUGGACGGCCGUUACACCACCACCACAAGCAGCAGCAACAACAAUUACUACAAGAAUGAAGCUGUGAAUGACCCACAAGGCGUAAGUGACAAAAGGUUCAUGGACCGGAGCUACACCACCACUACCGCCACCAGUGGUACACCCUACACCGCCAACAACCUCCCUUACAAAACCGAGUCCGGAGAAUCCUACCCCACCACCACCAUUAACGAGGACAACAACAAUUACUAUAACAAGGAAGCAUACGUGAGUGACCCACAUGAAGGCAUGAGUCAUGACACCAGGUUCAUGGACCGCGGCUACACCACCACUGCCGCCACGUCAAGCAACAACGGCGGUGGCAGAAACUACAAUCCUCAGCAACAGGGGAUGAGCGAUACGAGGUUCUUGGAGAAUGGGAGGUACUACUAUGACAUCAACAGCGAGGAAAAUUACCGAAAUGGGUAUCAGAAUUCGAGGAGAGUUAAUCACAACAACAGGGGUUAUUAUGGGAAUUACAAUGGGAACUCAAUGGAAGGGUACCAGAACCAAGAUGACCAGUUCCAAGAGAGUGAAGCAGAGUACGUGCCUUGA